AUCAUGUCCUUAUCACCAUCAAGACGCUCAGCACAGUUCUACAAGGACUUUUGUGCCAAGUACUUAUGUUUGAACACACUGACGAUCAGACUGGCAACACCAGGUGAACUGGUGUCAGUGUCCGAGGCACUCAAACAACCACAUUCAAUAUUAAGCCUCAAUCUAAGUUAUAACAAAUCAAUCAAAGAUCUGGAAGCUUGGAUAUCUUUUGGCUUCGCGAUGAAGUCCGUCGGCCAGACAAUCACACAACUCGACCUCAAUCACAAUGGACUGGGCAGUGAAGGCCUGGCACCAAUCAUAUCCGAUGUCAUUCGCUCCAAUCGCAGCAUCACCCACUUGAACCUCAGCCACAACUGCCUUGACUUGGACGAGAAUAACUCGAUAUUGGACGCACUACAGGCCAAUCAGACCAUCACAUAUCUCGACCUAUCAUACAACGAGUACCAAUGCUCGGGCGAUGUGUCCAAGUUGCUGUGCAACUACCUGUCCAAGUCCAAAACCAUCCAGACUCUCAACUUUGGUUACAACAGCGCCAAGCAUCCACUGACAGGUCUGCCGCAGGCCAUAACCGAUCAUCCAAGUCUGCGAUCACUCGAUCUCUCCAACAUGGCCAUUGCCGAAAGUGAUGGCGGGGCGCUGCUCCGGAUGCUCACGCAGUCCAAAAUGAUCGAAUCAAUUCUGCUGCAUCAGUGCCGCAUGGCAAAGUCGCGCGACGCCGAGUCGUACGGCGAGUGCAUCAUACAAGGACUGGCGCUACGCUACAGGGAGCUCGACAUUAUGGAGGAAGCGAGCAAGGGUGGUCUGAGCGAGGACGACGAGCUGACCAAGUUGAUCACAAUAUUCUCCAAGGGCUCAUCAGGAAAUGGCGCCAAUCAUGAUCCAACUAUCACAGUAUCACCUCGCUCGCGACCGAUAAUAUUGGAGCACCUGGACAUCAGUGGCGUCAAGUUUGGCGCCGUGGGAUUUGGCGCAUUCCUCGACAUACUGGCGCGCAACCAAGAGUUAGCUACACUGGACCUGAGCGGAUGCCAGUUGAAUGAGCGCAAUGCCGAGGACUUGGCCAAGUUCAUGGCCGUGAACCAAUCGAUCGAGCACCUGAAUGUCAGCAACAACGACUUUUUUGAGAAGAGCACGAGCAUUGGCGAGGCAUUGAUUAACAACAGCGCGCUGACCAGUCUCAACCUCGCCAACACCAAGGCAUCCAACCUGAUCGGCAAAGUGAUGGCCAAGUCCUUGAACUUCAACCAUAGUCUCAAAGUCCUGGACCUGUCACACACCAAGCUUGGCCACAGUGGCAUCCUGGACUUUGUCGCGGGUCUUGGCAACAAUCGCAUAACCCUCGAGUCGUUGUCGCUCAAUGACACUUGUCUCCAAGACCGUGGCGCCCAGCAUCUGGCCGAUGCGCUGGCAAGCAAUGUGACUCUGAAGCAGCUCUACUUGAACACGAAUGGCAUUGGCAAGGAUGGCUGCACGGCGCUGGCCAAGGCGUUGAAGCGCAACAGCACUCUCCGUCUGUUACACAUUGGCUACAACGCAAUCGGACACAAGGGACUCAAGGCGCUGGCCAAGUGCCUCAAGUGGAACCGCGCGCUGCAGGAGCUGUCCGUGCGCAGCAACGCCAUCCCAGAGAAGGGUGCACUAUACCUGGUAGAGCACGUCAAGCUCAACACAUCGCUCGAGGUGCUGAACCUGCGCGACAACCAGCUCGGCGUCAAGGGUGGCGCGCACGUGCUCAAGCUGCUGACGCUCAAUGAGUUCCUGAUCAACGUGGACGUGUCCAACAACCAAAUAGAUCGCGACAUUGUCCACAGGAUCAUACUGUACAUUCGUCGCAACCAGUACAUCACGUCGAUGAACUAUGUUGCCUCGUCUGCCUCGGCUUCCGCGACUGAGACAUCCAGCGAUUCCAACGUGCAUCCACUAUCCAUCGCGUCUUCGUUCAGCAGCAGUUCAUCGUCAUCCUCUUCAUCUUGUUCUUCACCAUCACCAUCAAGCGGGACAUUGGCACCAUUUGCAGCGGCAGCGUCUUCGUCAACAACUCCAGCAUCUCCAGCUGCUGCCACCAAGACAUUGUCGGCGACUACGGCGUCAACUCCAGCGACUCCGACAUCAGCAACACCAGUAUGCACACCAACAAAGCCAGUUAGAAUUGGAUUGUCGGCCAUGAACAUACCACCGCCUCCACCAACACCGCAGCAGAGUGUUACAAAGACAUCUAUAUCACCAAUUCAACUGUCAGCCUCUUGUGCACGUGAUGGUUACAAGAUGGGAGGAGGAGUCAGUCAACAAACAGCUCUA